AUGAUGUUGGAUCCCCACUUCACCUCAGAAUUUGCUGAUCGUCUCUCAGCAAUAACAAGCAGCUUUCCCAUCUCAACGUGGUCGUGGACAAGCGUGUCAACGACAGAACCUUCAUCUAUCUCUAGGAGGAGCAAGCUACCGCGCACGGCUUCACUCCUUGAAACUUGGCGUCAGUUGGCAUUACACGAGGACACCAUGUCCAGCGGCAAUGUGAACUCCUGGGCGACAAUGUGGAAAUCCUGGAUUACGAACCCGAGGGCGAGGCUCCCACCGCAGAGCAGUUUCCAGCGGCGGGUGCGGGAGACGAGAGCCCCCCCAUGCCCAUUGUGCGAAGCGCGAGGAAGCAGGAGGAGGAGCGUGAGGCUGUUCGGGCUGCUGCGGCGAGGAAGCAGGAGGAGGAGCGUGCGGCUGUUCUGGCGGAGCGUGAGGCGUAUCUCCAAGCUGCUAGGGCGAAGCAGGGGGCGCUCCGAUCGCGGCUGGAGGAGGUGGACCCCCGCCACCAGGGCCCGCGAGCAGCCCCCCACCCGCGUCACCGUGCUAUCUUCCCCCCCCCACGAAAUCCCAGGUGCCCCUUGGUUCCCAUCGUACCGCCUCGCCGCACGAGAAGGAGCGGGAGAUGACGGCUUCUCUGACGAGCGAGAAGGAGCUGGAGGGGACAGCGACUCCGGAGCUUUCGGUCGGGUCUUCCGGCCGGUGCUGAAGACGGAGCAUCGUUUGCGGCCGCAACCAUGGUGUACGAGUUCCACGUUGGAGAUACAGCGUUCCUGUCCCGCCCGCUGGAGAUGCCCUGCAGAAGAUGUAACGUUCCACGAUGAGGACAAAUUGGCAGCUCUGCUUGAAUGGGCUGGCAUCAAACAACUCUCCUUGUUCCAGCUUUUGUUCGCUCUCCGUCGUGCCACUGUUAAUAGAUGUCCUCAAGGAACGUCGGAGGUGACACAAGAUGGAGGACUUCAGCUGUCUCUUGCACGUGCUGCCUCGAACAACGACUUCAAGCACGAUCUGCAAGCCCCCCGGCAGGCCUCUUCACGCCCUGCACGUGGUUCUGGAGGGGACAAGGACUACAGUUGGUCGGCGGCUCCUGUGUCCAAGAGCUGGAAGAACCGUUGGGGUGACCGAGAUUCGACGGCCAAGAGCGGGACGGACGACCACCGCCGCCCCACCCAGUCUUCGCGAGGGCGCGGCGUCGGAGAUAUCAGGCGAGGGCGAGACGUGGGGAACCAGCCUAUCAGGUCUUCGCCGGCGAGUCGCCAUCGCCGGAGCAGGAGGCGGAGCGCCGAACGUCAACAGCGCACCAAUCAUUCGUCGAGGCGUGGGCGCAGCCGGAGCGAAGACCGUCGUGGGAGAAACACGCCUUCGUCUAGGCGUAGCCGCAGCCGGAGCCACAACAGGAGCGGGAGCAACAGCAGGGCGACCAGCACUGACAGCAGUCGCGGCGGAAAAGGGGGACGGAGGUCAGGCCACGGUAGAAAACCAUCUGAGCAAGGAACCGGCAGGGCCCUCGAAGUACGCGUUCUUCAUCCAGAAUUUGCGGCUGCCUGGGACACUCAAGACAAGAGCUCGGGGAUUGAUCGUCUUCGCAGUUUUGGCGUAUCCAACGGCGAGACUUACGGAGAAUACAUUCGUCGCUAUAAGGCUCUGGCCAUGACCGUCAUGGUUUUUCACCACGCGUUCAAGCCUUCGGCUGUGCAGGUGCAGAUAGCUGUUCGAGACUCCAUGUUGAAGCAGUUUCCGGUAGUGUCUGGGCAGGUGUACAAGGAUGAGCAGCUCUCCAUGGAAGCCCCUUUUGGGCGACAUGCUUCGUGUCUGGAUGAUAUGCGGGAUGUGUUGGACAAGUGUGCGUUCGCGCACAUGCCGGCGGUGCAUGGAGAUGAUUUCUUUUCGGUGUCUUCCACGAAUGCCAAGAGUUUGUCUGCCGUUUCGCGUGCUGUACCUUCUUCGGCGUUGCGUUCGACGGUGACCCCUUCGUGGAGUCAAGGUUCUUCGGCCGCCAUGAUGAGUGUUGACCCUCUACCUAAUGAUGAUCGGGACCCUUUUCUGUUGCACCACAGUGACCGGCCGUUGCAAGGACACUUCCAAGAGAUAUACAACGUCGCUAGUGAGAUGGCUCUAGCCAAGAAUGAUCCGCCAUUGCUCACCCCCUUGAUCUCGGCUGAAGAAGGCCGCAACGCGCUUCGACUAGCACUCGUCGGAGGCUUCCACUUCGACAACAAGGGGCUGGACGGGGAGGCUGCCCUCCGGAUCACGGAGCGUUGCGACUUCGCCCGCUCCUGCCUCGUCUUCUGGGUCCUCCUCGUCGGAGAAGAGGACCCGUCUGCUUGGUCCACCCCCGCCUGUGCCUGGUGCCCGCUCUUUGCCCCUCCGCCGUUUGAUGACAAGUGCGAGUGCGCUUCGGAUGACGUCCUGCUUUUCUGGAAACCUCCGUCUGUGUUCUCGCAAUGGACUCCUUCGGCGUUUGACGUACUGGGGGUACGUUAUUCAUGUGGUGAUCAAUUUAUGAUGUCUGAAAAAGCGAUGUUGUUUGGAGAUAUGACGUCGUAUGACAAAAUUAUGGCUGCAACAGUUCCUAAGACACACAAGUUUUUGGGUCGAAACGUGCGUCCUUUCGACCAUGCUGAAUGGGAGCGUCGUCAUGAAGAGAUCGUGCUUACGGGGUCGUGUGCCAAAUUUGCUCAAAACCAUGACAUGAAACAUCAUCUAAUGGAGACGGUUACCCGCCUCCUUGCAGAAGCCAGCCCCUUUGAUCGUGUUUGGGGUAUCGGCAUGUCUGCAUGCUUUCCAGAGACUAGCGUUUCAUCAAAGUGGGCGGCUAGCGGUAAAAACUUGUUGGGAAAAGCUUUGAUGGAAGUUCGACGCCUUUUUCGUGAUCAUCUCCUGUCUGGCGAAAAUUUCCCCGCUUCCAAUUCUCCCACGCCCCCCAUUUCGCAGCCUCCUCUCCAUGGACAUCCACGCAUCCAUGAGGUUGCUACUGCUACAGGUUGUGCCGAGCUCGAGCCGGGAGUCGUUAUUGGAGUGUCUGCCGCGCCGCUACUACGAGUACCGGUGGAAACCCUGAAGGCGGCACCAUCUUCGAUUCCUACCGGCCCGCAUCAUCUACAUCACCACCUCGGGGCUCAUUCAACGUUCCACAUCUCCUUGGGCUUCUCCUUUAGUUGUCAUCCCCAAGAAGGACGGUCUGUUCGCAUCACCGUCAACUACAAACGUCUCAACGCUCUGGUGGAUUGGGAUGGACAACCUCUCCCUCGAGUGGACGGUAUCUUGGAUUCUCUGUACACCGGGAAAGUGUUCUCCAUCUUCGACCUCAACUCGGCUUUCCACCAGAUCGUUUGUGAUGAAGACACUGUCCCGCUCACCGCCUUUUGCACUCCCACGCAGUUGUUCGAAUGGCUUCGGAUGCCGCAGGGCGCCAACGCAAGUCCGUCUUGGUUCGUCAAGGUCAUCAAAAGAGUGGUGCACGGUCUGGAGCGUGUGCUUGCUUAUCUGGACGAUGUCAUCUGUUUCGAUGAGGAACCUCUGGGACACGUGCUGAGCUUGAUCGAGUUCUCCAAACGACUGCGACAGUACAACCUCAAACUGUCUCCAGGGAAGGCUCGCGUCGGCGCCACGCACGCCAACUUUCUCGGUCACACCAUCUCUCUGCCAGGUGUUGGCCCUGAUGGCGUUGAGGCCUUCUGAAAGAUCAUUGCUUGAUCAUUUUUUCCAUAUUAUUUUUUCUGAUAGCGCCGAAUAGACGGUCUAGUCGUAUAGGGGAGGAUACCACAGAAACCCCGAACCAUAUGCAAAGGAGUUGUAGAGCACACCAGGAUAGAGCGCGCCCGCCCCACCAACACAUACCUGCAAACACACGGAGCAUCCACCAGAGGUGCGCCGAGAGGUCAUGAGGAGGCCUCCACGCCCCGCGUGGUCUGCCCUGUCUAUCGGGGCGGCGUUGUUGGUAGCGCUUGCGGUAGCGCUGCCGGCAGCGCCAGUUGCCAUUCUUGCUCGUACAUCGGCUUUGGCCGUCUCUCUCCGGCCGCCACCCACACUUGCUGUGAACGCGGCGACUGAGGACAGCGAGCUUGGCAUGGAGGACAGCGGAUAUGCAAUCGACCCAAGCGUGCCGACUGAUGAUGAGGAUGACUGUGAGUUUGAUAUGGGCGCAUCGUACAAACCGAUAUAUGCUGCGAACUCGGACAAAGCUGGUCACAAUACCCGGGGAGCAGCUCGGCAGCUACGACAACAACAACAGGCGCCGGCAUCACCGGUCACACCGUCGCUCCGGACGACUUUGCUCGGAACGUAGCAGCGGCAGCGGAAACAGCGGCAGCAGCAGCAACCAUCUCCGCCGGAGCGCUUGGAUAUAGGAAGUGUACCGAACUCGCAUGAUGCUGGUCACAACACCCGCAGUGUAGGUGGGUAACAGCGGCCACAACAGGGGACCCCGGAGCUACCGGUCACGGACCGGCUCCCUACGACCUCGUGUGAGGCGCAACAGCAGCAGCAGCAGCAGCAGCAACAUCCCCACCAGAUUCUUCUCCGGCGAAUCCGGCUGUAUGUGUCGCUUUCACUUACCGCGGCGCACGACGUGGCGAAAAGUGCGGCAACAAGAUCGAAGGUAGGACGGUAGGUGUUUUCAAGCAUCAUGACGGCCUA